CAAUUUUGGGGUUCGAGUUGUUUUACUUAGACAGUUGAUUAAUUCAGUUAUGAGCCCUUUUAGCCCUAACUCUGUACACUAUUGAUCUGCUCAAAUGUGACUAAUUGAGGAUUAUAAUCUUCUCCUGCUGGAUCUGUGAGCCAGAUGACCAACACCACGUCCCUUCACUAUAAAACCAAGGGGAAGAUUGUUUGUGCUCUUAUGCUGCUGUGUGUUCAUUUUUCUAUGAUGGACAUCCCUGGUCCUUGCAAGCAUGCCAUAACCACGGACCACAUCCUUCAACUGAAACACAUGAUCAAUAACCAGCUGCGGACCAGCUGUUCAAUCGCAUACACGUUCAUUGAGAGGAAACACUUGAGUGUGGUUUGCUAUGUGAAAGCAACGCUGCCGAGGGUGCUUGAACUUUUAAAUGUCCACUUCACGUACAUGCGAGGAUCAGGAAGUGCUCUGGCAGUGGUUUCCAUCCAAAACCUUAUUCUGAACAUCUACUCCCAUCACUGUAUACCUUCACUAAAUGAGGAACUGGAGGAGAUCCCGGUGGCAUUUGAGAAGCAGUACAAAGAGACUCCUGUCCAGGCGCUUUUAAGAGUGGAGGAGGUUCUGUCUCUAUACCUGCAUCUCAUCACAACCUCCAACACAUCUAUAAACUGGACCUGCGGGCACGAGUACGGCAGCAUUAUGCAUGAGUACAGCAGCAUUAUGCCCUCUACUGUAUCCCAGCUCACCACUGGCACAGAGGCGGCGGUGGGGUUAUCCAGACAAGCUCCUCGGGGGUCCGUAAGCGAUGAUUUCUACAGGCUGGGGUUCAUUUUGGUCUCCAUCUGUGGAGGAUUUUUCAUCCUUCUCACUGUCUACUGCCUCCUGAAGAGAAAGAAACUGCAACAUCAACUUCACAGAGCUUUAUCCGCAGACUGGGGAUUACAAGUUGUUGAAAAUUUUGGAACACAACAGCAAGAAUGUCAGAUGUCCAACCAUCAAAGCAGCUUUGGCUCGGACCUCUCCACUGAUCUCUAACAGAGCCGAUGCCUCUUUUGGACACCAAAAACAACAAACAGACUGUGAUACUUUUCAGAAACCGCACUACUACAUCAACCAAUGGUUUGCAUUAACUAGAAGGAAAUCCACUUAUUGAGCACUUUAUUAUGAGAAUGCUUUACAAAUAACUCGGUAUAGGGUCUUCCUUUGCUCCUCAAGAUUCCAGUUCCCCUUGACAUGACCAGAUCACACAAUUUCCAUUCAUGCUGUAAACUUUCUAUUCAAAUCCAGUGACUGUGAAGGAAACUUUAAACUUUAUCCGGUUCAAGACCUUGCUUUUUUGCUUACAUGAUGGAAAAUCAUCUUGCAAGUUAUUUUUGACCAAAACAACAUGUAAAAAAAUGCAAGUUUAUUUUGGCUAGUGGGAUACUCUGGACUAAUUCAAGUUAACCUAGAUGGUGAAAUGACGCUAUUGUUUGCUGCGAAGGAAUGCACAUGGUCAGCAACCCCGCUCAGAGGUGGCAUUUAAACAAUGAUUGAUUGAUAUCUGUGGGCUCAAAGUGUGCUAGGAAAACAUUAUGCACACCAUUAAACCACACAUUUGGGUACAUUAAUUUGUGCUGUUGGUGCUAAAAUAUGACCUUAAAGGCUGUGUGCCCCUUGGCAGAAAUUGAGAUACAUGUUUCUAAUCUUCAACUGUCCAGUAAGAUGAUAUUUCCCAUUGUAGGUUCAGCUGUCUGUUCCCAAAACCCAACUUUUUCUUCUGCUGUUGUAAUCUGAUGUGUUGUGCAGUUUCAGAUGCUAUUCUUCUCUUUCAGACAGCUACAGUAGUAUUUCUGUCAGCUCAAAGCAAUCUGGCCUUUCUCGCCUCCAAACUCUUCAUCAAAAAGGCAUUUGCAUUGAGGAAACUGUAGCUCGCUGGGUGUUUUCACUUAAAUCGUUGUUGUGUGUGAAAAUCCCGGGAGAAAUAUUUAAACCAUCUGGCCUUUUGGCACCAACAGUAGUGCCACAUUAAAAAUUAAUGUGAACAAUUCUUCUCUUCUCCUAUUUAGUUAAACGUUACAUUUCCACCACAUGAGCUCUUCAGAUAAUCACACGGCGGUCCUCAUAAAGUGCUCAUAUAUGUCGAUUUCCAAUGUAUGUCUCAUAUGUCAUAAUCAUUUGCUCAUAAUCACUCACUUGGAGCUUGUAAAUAUGUAAAUAUAUGUUUUCAUGAACAUCUGAACUUCUGGAAAUGUCAUUUAGUCAGUAUUGCAUAUCAAAUGUUGCCACAUGUACAUCAAUCCACUCAUGCAAAAUGCAUUUCAAACCUAGACUGGAAGUGUUACCAUCAAUAAAUACGUAAACCGAAAGAAUUUAUUUGACUUUGUUUGUUCUAUAAUUCAGAUUAAAUGUUGCUAAUGUUCACGUGUGGACAGCUUAUGCAGUAAAGCUUUUAAAUAGAAAGCACAUUUCACCGUGAAAUAGUUUCCAAAAACUGUGAAAUUCUGUCAUUAUGUAUACCUUCCUUCAUUUUCUUCCAAACUCUUACCUUCUUCAA